UGGCGUCACCCCGCUGCCCCACCCCCUGUACCAUGGUCUCACCCCGUUGCCCCACCCCUUUCUCCGAGGCCAGCGCCGCCCCCAACCGCUUCAUGCCCAUCCACAGCUCUGGCGUGAUGAACACCUCCCUGGCUCCCCACGACAGCUACAUCCAGCCCAUCCGGCCCGUGGUCACCCUGGCCAGUGUUGCCAGGCAACGCGGCACGCAGCAGACGCUGUACCGCCAGAGUAGCGCCCACCCGAGCUCGGUGACAGCUCCGUCUGGGUUAGAGAGUACGACGGACAGCGCCAUGUCGCAUGUGGUGGCCACAACCAGCGCCCCGGGCACGCUACGGUCUUUGCACGAGUCUCAGGCCCCGUCGGUUGUUGGAGCCACAGACGGCAGUGUGGCCAGCUCAGGGGGGAUAACCUGCCGCAGCCUGCCUCAGCAAGAGUCGCCCGCCCUUGUCCUCUCUCUGUCGGGCAACAUCGGAAGCAUGUCGGGCCGGGGUCUUCAGACGGUGUGGGGCAAAGAGCAGACGGUGGCCACUAGUGGUGCUUCCUCCAACCUCCCACGCACCUCUUCUGUCAGCUCCCAGCCCGCUGUGGCAAACGUCGUCGGUGCCGCUACACCCAGCCAGUCUGCAUCUGCAGUGGCGAGAGGUCAAGGUGAAGGUCGCGGUGUGAUGAAGGACGUGGAGCUGCCCGGGGAGAUACUGCCGUCGUACGAGGAGGCCGUCAUGCUUCUCACAGGUCACGAGCUCGAAGCUUUCAAGAAACACAGGGAGCAGGGGGGGACCGGAGGCCCACACAGUCUGUCCAUGGCCUUAGACAACACAACCCAGGCCAGUGGUCGGAGUCAGAGCUCUACUGGGGGUCAGUCGUGGUCACAAACUACACCACAACCACCUCAACCAUCCACAACAACAACAGCGACAUCAACAUCAACAACGACUGUCGCUCCAGCCACCAGACCCGCCCCCCGGGCUCCCCCCCAGCACAACAGUCCUGGCACGUUGCCCGACCCCGGGAGAUGCCCGUUUUCCCGCCAGUUGGCCAUGCUGAGCGGGCGCACACAGCCCCCGACCCCCGGUCAAGUCGGUCAGACCAAGGUCUUGGAGCGGUCACCAGCGCCCCCGGCCAAAGCAGACAGCUGCCCGAGUCUGAAGGCCAUGCUCCGCGCCCCGCCCUUUGCCCUGUCCGUCAACAGAACAAACCCCGCCUCUCAGGUCCCGCCCACCGUGGGCCCCGCCCCCACCACACAGCAUCAGCUGGCUGCCCAGGGGGCGAGAACUGGCGCGACACGCUCCACCGGGCAGCGACUGGUGGGAGGAAAACCACGCGACAAAUCCUCGUCUCAGCGGGACCAGAGCCCCCUCCAAGUGUCUGUGGCGUCCAGCAAGCUGGAACCCUCCUCCAACGCCUCCAGUAGGAACUCUCCUCUCCAGUCACAGAGCAAUCGGCUGACGUGGUCUUCUUCUCCACGUGGCUCCCACCCGUCUCUCAACCCGACCCAGUCGUUUACUGUGGGAAAACCCACCCUAUCUUCGCAGCUCUCGGGCCAGCCGCAGGCCGUGAGCGCCAGGUACAACACUCCGACAACCUUCAGCAGACAGGUCGUCCAGCCGCCCACCAACAAACCACAUCCCACCAACAAACAACGUCCCACGGCAGGCCACACACCCAGAAAAGCGUCGGCCUCUGACCUCCCAUCGGCCAACUACGCGGGCACGGCCCCCAACGUAGACCUGACCAAAACGUCCCUGGCCAUGGGCUUUGCACCACCGACCACCGCCGCACCACCGACCACCGCAGCACCACCGACCACCGCCGCACCACCGAGACAGAGAGCAGCGACAGACGUGGGGCCCGCCCCCGCCAACUCCCAGAUAAACACGGACGACCUUCAAGCCACGCUGGAAGUUCUCAAGAGCCUGGACAGUCAGUACUUUCUACACAACGACGAGGACAGCAACAGCUCGGAGCUGUAGACCAAUUGUGGGGGAUCUGUACAGGAAUUGUGAGGAGACUGUGGAGGAUCUGUGGGGGGGGGGGGGGGACUGUACAGGAAUUGUGGGGGCACUGUGGAGGAUUUGUGGGGGGAUCUAUACAGGAAUUGUGGGUAAAUUGUCCACCGUCAGAUGGAGGGAUUAUUCCCAUGAGCUAGAGUGACUGACCACCGUCUGAUGGGGGAAGCAGCUCACCACGAGCAUCUAUGCACUGCUGUGUAUUGUGGCCGUCAUUUCACAUCGUUCUUUGUCAACAUACGAGGUUGUCACAUACAAGAAACUAGUAUAUUUUUCUCUACACACGAUCCUUUUACUUACACAGAACGUUCAACGAGUCUAAACCUGUCUCUGUGAUAUGAAGAGACAUGAGACUAAGACCUGCUGAUGUAGCCGGUCACUUUGUACGACAGACCGUAUGUGGGAGAUGUUGACUCUGAGCUCUGUGGAGGGAGGGCCACCGUGUGGGAGGGGAACACUGAUGUCUGACAGUUGGGAACUGAUGGGAUGAGAGGUUUACUGUAGUUUGGGGUGAGAGGUUUACUGUAUUGUGACAUUUGUGAGACCAGAGGUUUACUGUAGUGUGACAUUUGAGAAGUGAUGGGAUGAGAGGUUUACUGUAUUGUGGGAUGAGAGGUUUACUGUAUUGUGGGAUGAGAGGUUUACUGUAUUGUGACAUUUGUGGGCCACUGACAUUUGGGACGUUGUGUGAACUUUGACUGGUGCCAACAUGAUGUGUGAACAAUAUGUGAACAAUAUAUAUGUGUGUAUAGUUUUGCUAUAGUCAGAGAAAACACAUCUGUCUUGCCAGUGGGGACAAGUUCUCCAUUCCUUCUCACUCCCACGGCGGGUGGUGCUUGCUGGCACAAAACUGUUGAUGAAUGACGUGGGGCUGUUACAUAAUCCCAGUCUGCGGGGGUUCUGGGGACUCGCAUCUUUUCUUUUCCCACAAGUCGAUGUCUUGGGAGGAUUUUGAGGGAAACUCUCUUGUGUUUUUGUCCCUGGAGUCGUGGAGUGGUUGGCAGACCUGCCGGUACAUCAUCAUGGUUGGUACAUCAUCAUGGUUGGUACAUCACCAUGGUUGGCAGACCUGCCGGUACAUCAACAUGUACAUUUUGUUUUUUUAUGGACAUGAGGAACUUUGUAUGAUAUGAAAGUUUACGAGUGUAAAGAUAUGUUUUGUACAGUGAAGAAUGUCCAUGUUAUAUCCUGCCGUUGUUGUACUCCUGUGUGCGCUGAGCGCGGUUUUACUGUACAAAGAUUGCCCUGGCUAAAGUCUAAAAGAUACAGAUUUUACUAAAAAGGUUCUAUUUCCAUAUUAUGAUCAGAAUUUUGUGAACUUGUAUGUUUGUAUAGUUUGCACAUUUUACUUCUGUACACAGCGCGGACGUGUUUCGUGUUUGUUCGAACAGUUUUUGUGUCGUGGCAAACUGGUGAACUGAGGUCACCUCAUUGAUGACUUUCUGAAGAAAAGACAGAACAUUUUUACAGAAA